GGCGCCGCCGUGCCCGCGGCGAGCGGCAGUGGCCCGGCUCCGGCUGGCGGCGGCCCUGCCGGGGGACCCUGGCAGGCCGGUUCCGGCUGGCUGGGCCUGGGCCUGAGCGGGGGGGCUCCCCGGGCGGCGGCGAGGCCUCCCGCUGCCCCCGGCUCCCCGCGCCUGGGCCGAGGCGCUCCGCGAGAGCUGCAGGGCCCUGGGACAGGCUUUCGGGCCGUCCCCGGGCCCCGUCCCCGUGCUGCCCGCGGCCUUCGCCGGCCUCUCCCCGGCGUCGCUUUGACGGUCUCCGCCUCGGCGCUCCGCCCCGAGGGUUGGGCGGCAGCGGCCGCUGCUGCUCAGUCUGGCUGGGGCGAGCCUGGGGUGGUCGGUGCCGGCGGCGGCCCCGCUUACGGCGAGCUGCCAGGAUGAAGAAUUUAAAUGGCUUCUGCAGGAAGAGGUCCAUGCUGUUUUGAAACAGCUGCAAGAUAUUUUGAAGGAGGCCUCUCACCGGUUCACCCUGCCCACCGGUGGCUCGGGAGGAGCUGUCAAGCAGGAGAACUUUGUGCUGAGCACAUCAGGCACAGACCAGGUGAAAGGUGUGUUGACACUGCAGGGAGAUGCCCUGUGUCAAGCUCAACUGUUGACAUUUGUCAAGAUCCAGCAUCUACCCCCACCCCCACCGUGGAUGUGAAUCUGAAAAUGCCCAGAAAUAAUCAGCUUCUGCACUUUGCAUUUCGGGAAGACAAGCAGUGGAAGCUGCAGCAGAUCCAGGAUGCUAGAAACCAUGUUAACCAAGCCAUUUACCUGCUUAUGAACAGAGACGUAAACUACCAGUUCAAAACAGGCUCGGAGGUCCUCAAGCUUAUGGAUGCUGUGAUGUUACAGCUCUCAAGAGCCCGAAAUCGACUUACCACUCCAGCCACUCUGACUCUACCAGAGAUUGCCUCCAGUGGUCUUACAAAAAUGUUCACCCCUGCUCUGCCUCCGGACAUCCUUGUGAAUUUCUAUAUAAACCUGAAUAAGCUGUGCCUGACUGUCUACCAACUCCAUGUGCUCCAGCCCAGCACAACCAAGAACUUCAAGCCUGCUGGAGGGUCCAUUUUACACAACCCUGGAGCCAUGUUUGAGUUUGGCAACCAGCGGUAUGAAGUCAGCCAUGUCCAUAAAGUGGAAUGUGUUGUCCCAUGGUUAAAUGAUGCCCUUGUCUUCUUCACAGUUUCACUGCAGCUUUGCCAGCAACUGAAGGACAAGAUCUCUGUUUUCUCCAGUUACUGGAACUACAGGCCAUAUUAAUUCUCCGUGGAGUGUUCCAAGCCCUGACAGUACUUCCAGUGUCUCUUUUUGGUUUCGACAUGCCAGCUGAGUCCAGGUCAGCCUGAGGAAUGCAGGGGUUCGCUACCAUGUGGCCCUCCACAGGGGGUAGGGUCAGUGUAUCGAGAGACACAACUUGAAGUAGCCUUGUCUGGGACUGCUGCGUAAGCAGGGCACCAGGCAGUGCUGUGUGCUUGGCAAGAGCUUCUACCUGUCUUUGUUCUCACGUGCGUUCUGUGGCUUAUGCUUUCCAAACCUCUGAUGAAUUACACUAGGCCAUUACAAGGUACGGGGAGCUGUGGACUGCUCUCACUAACUGUAUUUGCACACAGUGCUGUAACUAACUGCUGGACUGUGAGCUGGAUGGGAAGGGAUGAAGACAGACUAAUUGAACACACCACAAAAAGUGUAGGGCAUGUUGCUCAGUGUAGUGAAAUACGUUGCUGUGAUCUGGUCCAGCUGUGGUUAUGACUAGCCCUGAGCCUCUCCCUCUCCUAGCUGUUCUGUCCAUGCCCAUGUUGUUGGUUCCCCUUUGGGGAAUAUUCUUAUUUGCUGCUGUUUGAACUUUUUUUUUUUCUUUUCUUUUCUUUUUUUCUUUCUCCCCCUCCCCUGGCAUCAAUGUGAUUAUAGUUUGGUUUUUUGAUUUUUUUUUUUUUUUUUUUUUUCCUAAGCCCUGGUUGGGCCAGUUGGUUUUUUCCAGGUUUAGUAUCUUGUUUUCACUGCCAGCCUUUGGACUUGCCUCGGUACCUUGAGCACAGCUGUGCGGUCUCACAUCCUGUCAUUAAACCCAAAGUGAGUACCAUGUUGUUACUAUGAUUUACUGCCUGCCUAUGGAUGCUACAGUAUGUAACUCAUCCCUCUAGCCAUUGAUAACUGUGAAAUAAAGGUCCUCAGGCCUGCCAUGCUCCUGUGGGCUGUCAGAGCUGAGAAUGAAAGAGUA